AUGCAUACCUCAACGACUGUCAUCUCCAUUUCCCUACUGUGUUCCGGGGCCCUUUUGUUCACACUUUGGAAGGGUCGGGCACGACGAGCCAACCGUAACUUCCUACCCCCUGGCCCCAGCGGCCUAUGCGGCCUACCGUGGGUUGGGAAUGUUUUCGAUAUAGAUGUGUCUCAGCCAUGGGUCACAUAUCAAGAAUGGGGAAAUCGCUAUGGUGACCUCACCUACUCCCAAGUACUUGGAAAGGAGUACAUCAUCGUCAAUAGUGAGAAAGUUGCCCAUGAGCUCUUGGACCAACGAUCUUCAAUAUAUUCUGAUCGACCCCAUAUGCCUUCCGUCGAAUUGUUUGAUCUGGGUUUUGCCACACCAACUUUGCCAUAUGGUGAAGAGUGGAGGCAGCACCGAAGGGCGCUCCAUUUGGUCUUAAACAAGAAAGAAGCUCUGAAAUACGCAACGAUGCAGUUGCAAGGGGUGCACGGACUCCUUAUGAACUUGCUCACGACACCACAAGACUAUGAGAACCAUUUUGUGAUGUUUCCAGUCGCAUUGAUUAUGGAACUUGCCUAUGGUUAUUCCGUAGUUCCCCAGGGGGACCCUUUCGUGGCCAGCCUAGUCCAAUUGCUUUCGUUGGUAGUGGAGGUGGUGACUCCUGAGCGAUCUGCACUCCUCGGAGCCUUCCCCUUCCUGGCUCAUAUACCCUCAUGGAUGCCUGGAGGCAACUGGAAAAAGCGUGCUGGUUACUGUCGGCGACUUGUGAGGAAAGUACUAAAUGAUCCAGUUCAAUACGUACAUGACAGCAUAAUCGCUGGCACUGCGAGAAAAUCUGUGGUUCACGAUAUAUACCUGGACAAGGACGAUGAUUUGAAGCUUGGAAUCGAUAAGGACAAGGUCACGAAAGAGGUGGCCGCUACUGCGUUUAUGGCUGGGUCAGAAACUACAACCUCCGUAAUGUUAGUCUUCCUACUUGCAAUGGUAUUGCACCCGGAUGUGCAACGAAAAGCACAGGAAGAAAUCGAUCGGGUAGUUGGUACCGAUCGCCUCCCUGAUUUCGGUGACCGGCCCAAUCUUCCUUAUGUCGAAGCAGUUUUGUUAGAGACGCUUCGAUGGGUCCCUGUCGCUCCACUCGGCGCUAUUAUUAUUCCGAAUAUGUGGGCUAUGUCUCAGGAUCCGGAGCGGUACACUGAACCAAAGGUUUUUAACCCGGACCGGUACAGCAGCAAAGUCGAAGACGUUUCCUCGUCCCCUGUAUUUGGCUUUGGACGCCGUGUCUGUCCUGGGAGACAUCUCGCAGAGCAAAGUCUCUGGGCAGUGAUUGUGUCUAUGCUGGCGACUUUGCAAAUUGAGAAAGCAACGGAUGCUUCCGGAGCCGAGAUAGAGAUUCAACCGAAAUUCAAGGGUGGGGCAACCAUUCGCCCAGAAGCAUUCCCGUGUUCCAUCAAGGCCCGGUCUUCGAGAGCUACACAUCUGAUCCGCGCCAGUACAGCGUGUGCGGAUUGA